AUGCCACCACCCCACAGACGUCGUCGUGACACUUCUUCUACUUCUACUCCUGUGCAUGUAGCAGUGACGGGCGAUGUAGGAUUUGUUGUGCCACCUACGCAGGGACACGAGGAUGAGCCGGUGCUGGAGCCUAUUUGGUACCCUGGGGGUCUUGUAGAUGCAUCCCUUUUGACAGGGUAUGAUGAGCAUGCAACUAGGCGUAUAUGGGAUGGAGAGAGUAGGGAUCCCCAGAGGUUCUGCAUCCAUGGGCGAAAGAUUAAAAAUCUCGCGCAGCCUAACGAGCCAUGGUUUCAUGAGGUACUAGAAGCUUCAGGCAUGAGGGACCUCUGUAUGCUCGGCUACGAAACUAUACAUAAUAGUAUGCUUGCGGCCUUUGCGGAGAGAUGGCAUCCUGAGACAUCCUUAUUUCAUCUACUCCAUAGUGAGAUUACCAUCAUCCUAGAUGAUGUGGCAUGCCUACUUCAUCUACCUAUCAGGGGUAUCCUCCUUUGUCACAGUAGGCUAACGAACGCGAAAGCUCAAGAUAUGUUGAUUGCUGAGUCGAGGGGUGAUCCCGAUGAUGCCCUUGAGGAGGUGGAGAGGACACGAAGUGCUCACGUCAGGUUUAGAUUCCUGCAGAGACAUUAUGAUGCGAUGCUUACUGCGGCACAACAUGCUGAGGGGGGCGAGUUGGAGCAGGCUACACACAGAGAGCGGGCGCUGAGAUGCUACUUCCUAUAUUUGAUAGGCACUCAUCUCUUUGUGGACACGAGCUCGUCGUACACAGACGUCGUCUACGUGACGUACUUAUCAGAUAUGACACGUAUUCAUGAGUACAAUUGGGGAGCGGUUGUACUAGCGUACAUUUAUCAUAGACUUGGGGAGGAAUGUCUGUGGAAGGCAAGGACAGUGGCGGGCAACUGGUUGGAUACUACAGCACUUUCCAUACAUUAUUGGUUGGGGAGAGGUAGAGGAGUACACAGAGGUCAUGCCGCGUGCCAGUGCUUUCACCCGCCUUCGUAG